AGCCAUGUUGAAAGUCACUCUGCGCAACCGCAGUCUCCGGCGGCGGUGGCGGCGCGCGCCCGGCCUGAAAGCUUCACCGUGGACUUUCUAGGGCCGCCACCGUCGACUUGCUUUCGCAAGCAAAAAAUAAAGAAAAAAGCAAGCGCUUUAGGAGAGGAGACGGCGGAGGAAAGAGUAGAUGGCGGUACUUUUACUAUAAAGGGACUUUAUUUUGAACACGUGAACUGCGCAUGCCUAGCUACAGCCGGUCUGGAGCACACGCCUAGCGUCUCGCACGCUGCAGACCGGCCGUGACUUAGCAUGUUCGCCAUGCCAACGGCGAUGGCCAAGCACGUCAGCAUACGUCAGUGCUGCGCAGGACUGAUAAGCUCAGAGCCAGCGGAGCGAUCGUACACCGGGACAGACUGGCUGAACUCGGCGUGGUUUUCAUGAGCCCUGCGGCCUGUCCCUGGCGGCAUCUUGCUCGCGGCAGACCCGUGUGUGCAGAGGGACGUCUACACGACCAUUUGCCGUCACCGCAGUGGCUUGCCGACGGCGGGAGGGUCUACCACGCGUCUAUUAUGAUCUCCAACAACGAGGAACCACCGCUGAUAUGUUCCAUGGACGGGCUAGAGACGCCGCUGCGGUAUCCUGAGCUACUUUGUUCGCAUCUUGUAUUCCUGUCGGCUUUUGUGGCGACCGGCAACCAAGCCAAGCCGGUGGACGGUGCGGAAGCUGGCUUCCGACAAUUCAAGAAUCUCAGGAGGACCUAUGGCAUGGUGAAGAAGCUCUUGUCGUUCGACGUGUCGGUAAUGAACUCUCUCAGCAUGGACGUCCUGAACAAUGCCUUCCUCUCGGUCGCCAGCGGCUGGCUUGACGGCAUCGACAUCCGAUAUAUGAGCGGCAACGAGCCAUCGCUCCACCUCUUCAAGGAUCUGCGGAGACUCGCGGACAGCCAACGCUAUAUUAUUCACGGUGUAUUCGAUAGCGUCAAGAUCGACGUCAUGAAAGACUUUCAUAUCGCUUCUCUACGAGUAUACAAACAUCCGAUGCCACCAGGUCCCUUCAAGGCAGUGUCGCUGCAACCGACAGCAGACAUUGAGAGUGGCGUCCAAGCCUACCAAGCGGCGGUGCAAGGCGCCAACCUAGCAGGGUCCGGAAACCACUGCAUCGCGCUGAGUUUGGCUGCCGUGCAGUACACGGGAGCGCGUACCUACGGGGACAACGCUGUGGACUUCCUGAAGGCCCUUUAUUGUACGGAGGACUACGAACGAAAGGACUCUUCCAGGUCUCCAGGUGGCCUGUCUCACUUUAUUCGGAACGAGAAAAUGAACUCGCUCUUCGUAUUUGAAGUAGCUGAAGAUUUUAAAAACAAGGUCAGGAAGAUCGGCAGGUUGCCGCACGCUUGCCUACUUCUGGAUGACAUCUACUACGACCGGCACACGUGCACGUGCGACGACAUGAACUUUAAGCUGCUGAAGACCGCGCGCCAAGUUCUAUGGCAAACCUUGAAAGGUUAACUCUACAGAUAAAGCCAUUCGCUUCGAGAACUCCAGGCUGCCACCAGGUGACAUUUGUGGAGAUGACGUGGCGGACAUACUGACUUUUUAUUAAAAUGUGCUCCGAAAUAUAACGCCAU